AUGGUCAGCGCACGGACUCUCCUCCUCGCCGUCACCUGCUGCUGCGCGUCCCUGUGGCUCGUUCGCGCAGAGGACUCCUCACUGGAGACGCGCUCGUUGGAUUUCCCCCUAAAAAAUCAGCAAGAGAAAGACCUGAUUGACGCGCUGCAAGAAGUUCUGGAGAAGCUGAGGAGCAAAGAGAUGCCCUUAGAGAAAAAGCUGGGCUGGCUGCCUUCGUGUGACGCAGGGGAACCGUGCGCCGUGCGUAAAGGUGCGCGUAUCGGCACCCUGUGCAGCUGUCCUCGAGGGACUUCCUGUAACUUCUAUGUUCUCAAAUGUUUGUAA